AUGGUCAGCUCCUGUCAUGCCUCUGACUGCUCUGAGCAGGGCUGUGGCCAAGGCUGCUGCCAGGAGAGAGGCUGCCAGACCACCUGCUGUAGGACCACCUGCUGCCACUACUGCCACCCCAGCUGCUGUGUGUCCAGCUGUUGUUGUCCCAGCUGCUGUGUGUCCAGCUGUUGUUGUCCCAGCUUCUGUGUGUCCAGCUGUUGUUGUCCCAGCUGCUGUGUAUCCAGCUGUUGCCGCCCCAGAUGCUGUGUGUCCAGCUGUUGCUGCUCCAGCUGCUGUGUGUCCAGCUGUUGCUGUCCCAGCUGCUGUGUGUCCAGCUGUUGCUGCCUCAACUGCUGUGUGUCCAGCUGUUGCUGCUCCAGUUGCUGUGUAUCUAGCUGUUGCUGCCCCAGUUGCUGUGUGUCCAGCGGCUGUGUGUCCAGCUACUGUAAAUCUAGCUGCUACCAUCCUGUCCCUUUCCAGAUCACCUGUUGUCACCCACUCUUUUGUGGAUAA